AACCGCCAAAUUCCGCGGGCGAAGAUUCUCUCUGUAAAUACCCCACGAAUCUUCCUCUGCUCGUUCACUCUACGCCACUGUUCUCCUUUCUCCCCAACGUUCGAACCCCAAACCCCUUCUCUCACGUACUCUUCAGGAGAAUGGCGAACCCUAAUGUCACUGAGAACGGCGACCUCUCGGAUCACGGCCAAUCCUCGGCCCUGAUCUUCCUCGGGACCGGGUGCUCGAGCGCGGUCCCCAACUUAAUGUGCCUGAUCCAGCCGUCCGAUCCUCCCUGUCACGUCUGCUCCCAGGCAUUGUCUAUACCACCUGAGCGCAACCCUAAUUACAGGUGCAAUACAUCUCUUCUGAUUGAUUAUUGCCGAAGCGAUGGUAAUCACAGCUAUAUAUUGAUUGACGUUGGGAAGACAUUUCGGGAGCAAGUACUUCGGUGGUUUACUGCUUAUAAGAUUCCUAGAGUGGAUUCUAUCAUUUUGACUCAUGAACAUGCUGAUGCAGUUCUUGGUCUGGAUGAUAUACGUGCUGUGCAACCAUAUAGUUCUACAAAUGACAUUGAUCCCACUUCCAUAUACCUAAGUCAGCAUGCAAUGGAGAGCAUUGCGACGAAAUUUCCAUACUUGGUUCAAAAGAAAUAUAGAGAAGGUCAAGAAGUGAGACGGGUAGCACAGCUUGACUGGAGGAUAAUUGAGGACCAAUGUGAGAAACCAUUUGUUGCAUCAGGCCUAGGAUUUGUUCCUUUACCCGUGAUGCAUGGAGAAGAUUAUGUCUGUUUGGGUUUCCUAUUUGGUGACAAGUGUAGAGUAGCUUAUAUAUCUGAUGUUUCUCGCUUUCCUGCAAGCACGGAGUAUUUUAUUUCGAAAAGUGGGGCUGGACAGGUGGAUAUUCUCAUAUUGGAUACAUUAUAUAAGGAUGGAUCCCAUAAUGUUCACCUUUGCUUGCCACAGUCACUUGAAGCUGUGAAGAGGAUAUGUCCUAAGCGAGCCCUGUUUAUUGGUAUGACUCAUGGUUUUGAUCACCACAAGGACAAUGAGUUUCUGAUGGAAUGGACUAAAAGGGAAGGAAUUCCUGUGCAACUUGCGCAUGAUGGUUUGAGAAUCCCCAUAGCCCUAUGACAAGG